AUGGCCGGCCUCUAUGAAGACCAACACCAGGGAAAUCCUGCAAACACCAGAUAUACAAUAGGCACACCUUGGAGCCCACACGACCCCACGCACCUGCCGUCGAAUGGCCAAUAUCCUCCCCAAAACAACCCACCCUCUGGAAAUCCCAACGAUGCUCAGUAUGACAGCGACGCCCGAUAUUCCUCCGACAGCCGUACGGGAAGAAAGAGGUCUCAAGGUGGGCCAGGACCGAAUGAGAGGAGCAGAUCAAGAACAAAUGGUAGCACCGGAAAAUCCUCCAAUAGUGGCAUGAGGACGUGCAAGAAAUGUGGUGAGCCACUCACUGGACAAUUUGUUCGUGCUCUUGGGGGCACUUUUCAUCUCGACUGUUUCAAGUGUGCCGACUGUGGACAAAUCGUCGCCUCGAAAUUCUUCCCCGUCGAUGCGGAUGAUGGCUCCGGCCAGUUUCCUCUCUGCGAAACCGACUACUUUCGCCGCCUGGACCUGCUGUGCUUCGACUGUGGAGGUGCUCUCCGCGGCUCCUACAUCACAGCCCUCGAUCGAAAAUAUCAUAUUGAACAUUUCACCUGUUCGAUAUGUCCGACCGUGUUUGGAGCCCAAGAUAGCUACUACGAACACGAUGGCCGAGUUUACUGUCAUUUCCACUACUCGACCCAAUUUGCACAGCGAUGCAACGGUUGCCAGACCGCCAUUCUCAAGCAGUUUGUCGAAAUAUUCCGCAAUGGGCAAAAUCAACAUUGGCACCCGGAGUGCUAUAUGAUCCACAAAUUCUGGAAUGUGCGGCUAUCCCAGAGUGGACAGGUCCCGCAGAAGAUUGACAUCUCUGCCCCUGUGAGGGAAGACCAACGAGAAUCGAUUAAAGAAGACGAAGAGAAGAUGGAGGAGAAGGUCUACCGGAUAUGGAGUACGCUUUCCACCUUCGAAGAGUCCUCUGCCUCCUGCAUCUCCGACAUGCUCCUCCACGUCAGCAACGGCGUCUACGUUGAUGGAGUAAUUGUGGCUCGCAAAUUCAUAUGGCAUGUUGACAUCUUGUUUGGCGCGAUCGACACCUUGGCUGCUCUGGUCGUUCGAGCUGGCCUCAAAGAACUUGCCUAUGGCCGGGAAGCAAAGUUACUGUGUAAGAAGGUGGUGGCCUUCUUCACAUUGCUUUCAAAGACUCAAGAAACUGGCGUGCGAAAAUUGGGAGUCACCCAGGAAUUACUGUCCUUGGUCACAGGUCUCGCUCACUACCUCAAACUUCUCAUCCGAAUAGGUCUCCAAGGGGCGUUGAAGCUGGAGCGUGAACGCGGCUCCGCUGAGGGUCUGCACGCCUUCCUAGACGAGUUGGCAGACCUGGAGACCAUCAAGGAACAGGAAAUGAAGUCCUUGGACCUCUCUGAAAGUGUCGCCGGCUUGGCAAGCCAAGAGUCUGACUGCUGCGCGUCGUGCCUUGAUCCUAUCGAUGAUGAGUGUGUGAUGUUCUACGGCCGACGCUGGCAUGCAAGGCCACCUCAUCUGUUGUGUUCUGUGUGCCAGAGAGAUUUGACAAAUGACUUGUCGAAUGCUCUGUACAGCGAAAGGGACGAAAAAGUCUAUUGUGUUGAGCAUGGAAGGCGGACACAGGAUGCGUUUUCGGGUUUCUCGCACGUCACCAAAUUGCAACAGUACGUCUUCUUGCUGCGCGUGGCAUUAGCACGCCUGCUCGAGGUCCUCAAGUCGGGAGGAACAUUGCCUCACACCUCUGACGAUCCUAAUCUCACUCCUUAUAACACCACAGAAGGUCACCGGGUCUCUCCGACUGGCGACCAGUUCACCAGAGAGCAGAAAAUGGGGUCAAGGUCACGCUCCUUUGCAGGCUCCUCCACUCAGCAACAACAAGAGUCUUCACUGGAACAGACUGUUGGAGAAAUGAAGCGGUUGAGAUCAACCAGGAAUGAGCGAACUCUUUCCACAACUUUCAGAAAGGCGCGGGAGUCCAAGGUGCUCUAUGGCCCCUCGGGCAUCCUCUCUGAACCCUCGGAAGGCCCCGACGCCAGGAAUCGAGGCGGAUUUCAGAUUGUCGAGGAACGCGAUCUCGAUGGCAGGAUGAGGACGGAACUGACCUUCGGCAACCAGGACGGAUUGACACUGGAUGACAUCCCGCGGAUCGUUGCCGCUGAACAAGCAAAGGAACAGCGACCCAAUGCCUUCCGCCAUGCAGGUACAAAUCUCAUUGGUCAUAGAGGAAAUGAGCCGAGACUCGUCAAUGGUCAUCAGCGAGCCACAUCGGGUGGCAAUGAUCUCCUGGCCGGCGAACCCAGCCCUCUUCGGACCAAACGCUACUUCUCGGAGUUAUCUGCUUUGGAAUACUUCAUUGUGCGACAUGUCGCGGUGCUUUCGAUGCAACCGCUAUUGGAAGGGGAGUAUACCUUGGAAGACUUGCUAGGUCUGAUCGAAACUCGGAAGCAAACCUUCUGGGGCAAAGUCAGCCGCGCUCUACGCAACGAGCCGAAGACCAAGAAGAAAGGUAUCUUUGGCAUCCCACUGGAGACCCUUGUGGACCGCGAGGGUGCAGAGUCUACCAACGGAAUUGGCCCUGGCGCGCUCCGAGUUCCUGCGAUUGUCGAUGAUUGUAUCUCAGCCAUGAAACAAAUGGACAUGUCCGUGGAAGGGGUCUUCCGCAAGAACGGCAACAUCAAACGACUCAAGGAAGCCGCGGAAUUGAUCGAUAACAAUCAGACUCCCGACCUCAGUCGCGAAAACCCCGUCCAGGUCGCUGCCUUGCUGAAGAAAUUCUUGAGGGCCAUGCCAGAGCCUCUCCUCACGUAUAAAUUGCAAAAGCUGUUCAUCACUUCACAAAAGAUCGAGGAUGAGGAACGACGUCGUAGAGUCUUACAUCUGACAUGUUGUCUGAUGCCAAAAGGCCACCGUGACACCAUGGAGGUACUUUUUUCUUUUCUCAAGUGGACCGCGUCUUUCUCGCAGGUGGAUGAAGAGUCUGGCAGCAAGAUGGACAUUCACAACCUUGCCACUGUGAUGGCGCCCAACCUUCUCUACGCCAAAGAGAAGGCAGCGAAUGGCAAACAGCCAAUUGUGCCACAAGUCGAUGACAGCUUCCUCGCAAUAGAAGCCGUCAACACGUUGAUCGAAUACAACGACUACUUAUGUCAGGUCCCCGAAGACUUGCAAUCCAUUCUGACGGAUACCGGCCUGCACAACGGACCGGCAGAACUUACAACGAAGGAGAUUCUCUCGAGAUAUGGCCAUAUCGCCAAAGGUCAAGUGCAGAAGCAGACCGUGCAAGGACCUGAUGGACCGGUGCAUAGUCCAAGUUCAGCCUCGAAUUCGAUGGGUGGUCCGGUUGCAACACGUGUCGACGUCGAUCCAUCCCAGGCAACAGCUUGGCAGAAGCAAAGCUCUGUCCGCCCGGUACAGAACAUAUCAUCAGGACUGUCCGCCCCUCAGAACGACUUCAACUUUAGUGCGCCAAAUAGCCCGUACGCCCGAAAUCGAGCGGGCAGUUCUGGUAGUGGUGGGAGUCAAGGUGCUACUCCCGGCGGCCGGCAGAGUUAUCAACAGAAACACGGACAAAUGGGCAUCCCAGGUUAA